AUGAGCGGAUCAGGAUUCUACAGGUUCCGCUGCAAGAACUUCCUCACCUACAACUGCGAGAACUGGGUCUGGGUCAACCACUCUGCCUGCGCCGAAUGCGUGGCUGCCGGACGAGACAACACAGACGGUGAACUGCGGACCGAUGAUCGCCGUAGUGCUUCAUCUGCAGUGUCGCCUUGCGUGAUCAUCUCCCCCAGACGAAGUGCUGCUACUGUGGUAGGCCUCGACUUCCUCCACCUCUUCUCCUUCGCAGAGGAGGAGGAGAAGAAGGAGAAGGACACGGCGGCGGCGGCGAUGCUGGAGUCUCGGAAAUUCUGCGAUCUUGAUUGUGGUGAAGAUGUACCUGGGAGCUGGGAAACGGCGGUGAAGGUCCAUCCCUGCUGCAAGCACUGA